AUGGGCUGCGUUCACAGCACUGGCUCGGAGGCCAAGAAACGAUCACAACUGAUCGACGCUCAGCUCCGCCUAGAGCAUGAUCAAUGUGGCACAGAGGUAAAGCUACUUCUGUUGGGAGCUGGGGAGUCUGGAAAGUCAACUAUCGUACGUCAGAUGCGCAUUCUCCAUGUGAUUGGAUUUUCAAAACAAGAAAAGUUAGCAUAUAGAGCAGUGAUCUAUAGCAACAUGAUUCAGUCAAUGCUUGUAAUAAUACGCGUCAUGAAAGCACUUGGCAUUGACUUCGAAAACUCUGCACACAAAGAAGACGCCCAUCAAUUUUCCUCUCACUAUCUCCACAUCCACAACGCUGAUCUAUCAGAAGCCUUCUCUCUGGAACUUUCUGAUCUUAUGAAAAAUUUGUGGAGCGACGCAGGUGUCAGGAGAUGUUUUAAACGGUCACGAGAGUUCCAACUGAACGACUCCACCGAGUACUAUUUCAAUUCUCUGGAUCGCAUUUCCGAGACAACCUAUCUUCCAACCCAGGAUGAUAUCCUUCGUGCACGAGUUAAGUCAACAGGAAUUGUUGAGACUGAUUUCAUGUAUAAGGAUAUAUAUUUCCGGAUGUUUGAUGUCGGAGGUCAACGCUCAGAACGCAAAAAGUGGAUCCACUGCUUCGAAGGUGUCACGGCUGUUAUCUUUUGUGUAGCACUGAGCGAGUACGAUAUGAAGCUGGCUGAAGAUAAGAUCAUGAACCGCAUGCACGAAUCCAUGCAGCUCUUUGACUCAAUCGUGAACAACCGUUGGUUCACCGAGACCUCCAUGAUCCUCUUCCUCAACAAAAUGGACAUAUUUGAGGAGAAGAUUCGUCACAUCCCGCUCAACAUUUGCUUCCCAGAGUACAAAGGAGGCACUAGUGUGACAGAGACAUCGAACUACAUUCGAAGUGUUUUCGAGAAAUUAAACAAGAGGAAAUCAACAGCUCAGAAGGAAGUCUACAGUCACUUUACUUGUGCCACAGACACCAAUAAUAUCAGAUUCGUGUUCGAUGCUGUGACCGAUAUUAUCAUCAGAUAUAAUCUCAAGGACUGCGGCCUCUUUUAA